CACAUUACAUUCAAAAGCCAUACACACUUGAGUUAUUAAGAGAGAAGGUUUCAUUCAAGGGCCUUACAAACAUGCAUUCUGAAUCAGUGAAAUCAAGUCAGUCUCCUCCUGCUGAAGCUGAGAAGCAUAAGAAUCUGGAUAGAGAAAUUAGGGAGAUGGUUUCUGCCAUCACUGGCCGUGUCACUAAUUUUCAUAAACCAGGCUCCACCCACCAUUUGGACAAUGAGGAUGAAAAUGGCACUAGGAUUAUCACCCUAGCAGGAACCAACGAAGGAGCUACUCUGCGGAGUGAAAUGGACGAAAAAUCAGGUAAAUAUUUUUCUCAUGAAGAGCCUGAAUUAUUGAGUACUUAUGUUAACAGCAACUUCCAGGCCAUCAACAAUUCAAUCAUGCUUGGCGGUAGCUACCAUGCCAAUGAUCCUGGUGUACACAUGGAUAUUGAAGACUUCACUGAGAAUCCUCAAAAUCACCAUAAGACUGAGAAGCAUGGCAAGAAGGAAAAAAGGGAAAAGGAAAAGAAGAAAGGGAAAGAAAGUUCCAAAAGUGAACACUCUGAUUAGUAAAGCUUUAUAGAGAUUAUGGGAUGUCAAAGAAUAAUUGCAACUUGCACUUUUUUGGAACUAGGACUUCUGUGCCAAACGUUAAACCCCUGGUUAAUGUGUGAUUCAAAUGACAUAUUUUUAUUUUAUUUUUGUGCUUGUUCUUCAUUUGUUUGUGGGUUAUUAAUCAUCAAUUGAGGAAAAGAAAGUUACCAUUUCCAUGCUGAAAAAAAUUAUAUAAACACCGGCUGUUGGGUUCUUA